CCAAAAUUUCAUGAAUGUAUAAAUUGGUGUUACCUGCAUGCCCGAAAGCUCUGCAUAAUACAACCUUCUCCCUUCCAAUUCAUUCAAUUUCAUCAUAUCCCUUUCCAAAUAAUCAAACCCACAAUUUCAAUUUUACCCAUUUUUCCCUUUCUUUUUUCAUUUGAUUCUCAUCCUCAAUCUCAAUUUCUCCAGAUUUUUCCACCCCAUUUUCCCCAAUUUACAAUUCCUCUCUCUCUUCUUCUUCUUCUUCACUCUCUUUUCUCUCGCGUUUCGUUCUGUUAAUGUGAGUGUCACACUCACGAGACGAUCUUAUCUGCAAUCUGCAUUUCAUUAACUCGGACUUGUAUAUCAAUCAAUGCUGUCAAACAAUCAUAAUAACAGUCCUCCUACUCCCAGAACCAGAUUGGAAAGGCUUCUUAGGGAGAGAGAGCUCAGGAGAUCAAACCGGUCUUCUUCUCUCAAUGAAGAAGCACGAGAUGUUUACAGUCUGGGAGAAGUCAACAGUUACGAUCUCUUCACAUAUGCUGGUGAUAGCUGUGGGUCAUUUAAUGAGGAAGACGUCUUAGACAGGAUAUCAGUGGUAAAAGAUAUCUUCGAUGGAUUCCAAAGGCCAGAGGGGAAGACUCCUAAGCAACGCCUUCUAGUUGUAGCAAACAGGUUACCUGUGUCUGCUGUUAGGAAAGGGAAGGAGACAUGGCAUCUCGAAAUUAGCGUCGGUGGUUUAGUCAGUGCACUUUUAGGACUAAAGGAGUUCGAGGCAAGAUGGAUUGGUUGGGCUGGUGUGAAUGUACCUGAUGAAGCAGGACAGAGAGCCCUAGAGAAAGCAUUAGCUGAAAAGAAAUGCAUACCAGUCUUUCUUGAUGAGGAGAUUGUUCAUCAGUAUUACAAUGGCUACUGUAACAACAUCUUGUGGCCUCUAUUUCAUUAUCUUGGUCUCCCACAAGAAGAUCGCCUUGCAACAACACGAAGUUUUCAGUCACAGUUUGAUGCAUAUAAGAAGGCAAACCAAAUGUUUGCUGAUGUUGUAAACAAAUAUUAUGAAGAGGGAGAUGUUGUUUGGUGUCAUGAUUAUCACCUGAUGUUUCUCCCAAAAUGUCUUAAACAGCACAAUAAUACGAUGAAAGUUGGCUGGUUCCUUCACACCCCAUUUCCAUCCUCAGAAAUACAUAGAACUCUACCAUCUCGUUCAGAGCUGUUGAGAUCUGUUCUUGCAGCUGAUUUAGUUGGUUUCCACACAUAUGACUAUGCCAGACAUUUUGUUAGUGCCUGCACCCGUAUUCUUGGAUUGGAGGGUACACCUGAAGGAGUAGAGGAUCAAGGAAAACUGACUCGCAUAGCUGCUUUUCCUAUUGGAAUAGAUUCUGACCGAUUUAUUCGAGCUCUUAAACUCCCUCAAGUUCAGGAUCACAUUAAAGAACUGCAAGAAAGAUUUGCAGGACGAAAGGUAAUGCUGGGUGUUGACCGUCUUGAUAUGAUUAAGGGAAUACCCCAAAAGAUUUUGGCAUUUGAAAAAUUUCUUGAAGAAAAUCCAAAGUGGCGUGAUAAAGUAGUUUUGCUGCAAAUUGCAGUGCCAACAAGGACAGAUGUUCCCGAAUAUCAAAAGCUAACGAGUCAGGUUCAUGAGAUUGUUGGGCGAAUUAAUGGGAGAUUUGGCACUCUUAGUGCAGUUCCAAUACAUCAUCUGGAUCGUUCACUUGACUUCCAUGCAUUAUGUGCUUUAUAUGCUGUCACCGAUGUGGCACUAGUUACAUCUUUGAGAGAUGGAAUGAAUCUUGUGAGCUAUGAGUUUGUUGCCUGCCAAGCUUCCAAGAAAGGUGUUCUUAUUCUAAGUGAGUUUGCAGGUGCAGCACAGUCAUUAGGUGCUGGUGCUAUUUUAGUUAAUCCAUGGAAUAUCACUGAAGUUGCUGCUUCAAUUGGUUAUGCUUUGAAUAUGCCAGCUGACGAAAGAGAAAGGCGACACCAUCAUAACUUCAUGCACGUUACAACUCACACAUCCCAAGAAUGGGCUGCAACAUUUGUGAGCGAACUCAACGACACCAUAGUUGAAGCUCAGAUCAGAACCAGACAGAUACCACCUUUACUUCCAAUUAGAGAAGCAGUGAACUGUUAUUCUCACUCACAUAAUCGAUUGAUUAUUCUGGGUUUCAAUGCUACCUUAACAGAAGCAGUUGAUGCCCUUGGACGAAGAUAUGACCAAAUAAGAGACAUGGAUCUUAAAGUACAUCCAGAUGUGAGAGAGCCCUUGAAGAAGCUUUGCGAUGACCAAAAUACUACAGUGGUUGUCCUCAGCGGGAGCGAAAGAAGUGUCCUAGAUGAUAAUUUUGGCAACUACAACAUGUGGUUGGCGGCAGAAAACGGGAUGUUCUUACGUCCUACAAAGGGUGAAUGGAUGACGACAAUGCCCGAAAAUUUACAUAUGGACUGGGUUGAGAGUGUUAAGCAUGUUUUCGAGUAUUUUACUGAACGAACUCCUAGAUCCCAUUUUGAGCUUCGCGAAACAUCACUAGUGUGGAGCUACAAAUAUGCAGAUGUUGAGUUUGGAAGACUUCAAGCGAGGGACUUGUUGCAACAUCUAUGGACUGGUCCAAUCUCAAAUGCAUCAGUUGAUGUUGUCCAAGGCAGUCGAUCAGUUGAGGUUCGAGCAGUUGGUGUUACAAAGGGUGCUGCCAUUGAUCGAAUACUUGGAGAAAUAGUUCGUGAUAAAGGCAUAAACAAGCCUAUUGACUAUGUUCUCUGUGUUGGACACUUCCUAACCAAGGUAUAUACAAACAUAUUCAUCAAAGAUCCUGUGAUGUUUUUCUUAUUUCCAUGCACUGUACUCAUAAAUUCUCCUGUUAUGUUGCAGGAUGAAGAUGUCUAUACAUUUUUCGAACCCGACCUUCCUUCUAAAGUGCCACCUGCAGCCAGAACAGUAAUCACCAAUCCUUUUGGAGGAGCACCGGCACCAAAGAACCCAAACAAUGGAGUCUCACCAAGCAGGUCGGCACGCCUCAAGAAACAGCGCUCCCUUUCCAUUUUAGAAAGAAGAGCAAAUAGUCACGGGAGUGCAGUGUUUUGGAGGCCUGUAGUGCAGGAUCGAUUGUCGCUGCACGAGGGUUCAUCUGUUCUUGAUCUCAAGGGUGACAAUUACUUCUCCUGUGCUGUGAGGCGAAAGCGAUCCAAUGCUAGAUAUCUUCUUGGAUCAUCAGAUGAUGUAGUCACACUUGUGAAGGAGUUGUCAGAAUGUUCAGAGUCAAAUUUGAGUUAGACGAACAAAUUGGUGCAUUUUAGGAUCAUAGUUGGAAAAUUCUCCAUGGUCAAUUGACAGUGUAUUUUAGUGAAUAGCAGCAAUAAGUUGACAUCUUCUUUUUCCUUUCAUUUCCCUUUGGUUCUCACUGAAAGUAAUACCCCAUUCAUUUAGAUGUUGCAGAUGUAACUGUGAACAGCGAACACAACGCCAGAUAAAUACAAGUUUCGAAACCUUUUUUUUUUU